CAGCUUGCAGAGGACGAAGCAACUCGAAACAAAGGACAGAUCCAGUCCAGCGCUCUAUCAAGAUGGUGACGAUGUAUCGAUCUCUGAGGGACUUUCCAGUGAAACUCAUGAGUUUCAUCUGUUUUACGGCGAUAUGCUUUCCUUCGGUGCUGGGAGCUCGUAUGAUGCUUGAUUUCCCAACUCUACCUCCUCUCCCAACGAUUUCUACUCAUACAGUUACGCUGCCUCCUCUCCCAGCUUUCUCUACUCAGCUUCCAACGCUGCCUCCUCUACCAAAUCUUCUUUCUCAUCUUCCAUCGCUGCCUCCGCUCCCAACUCUCCCACCUCUUCCUACUCACAUCCCAAAGCCGCCUCCUCUUCCCACGCUUCCACCUCUUCCUGCUCAUCUUCCAUCGCUUCCACCUCGUCCUACUCACAUUCCAACGCUUCCUCCUCUCGCAACUCUUCCAACGCUUCCACCUCGUCCUACACACAUUCCUACGUUGCCUCCUCUUCCGAGUCUUCCACCUCUUCCGACUCACAUCUAACUGCUCGUCUUCAAUCUGUCCCCCGUUCUCCUCCAUCUGAAUUACCAUCUCCAGCUCCUUCAUCUUGAUCUUUCCCCGUUCGGAUUCCUAGCACGGUCAGACAAAACGCUGGGACGCAUUGCUUGAAGAUGAGCGUAUCUUCCAGAAACUGUCAUCGGGUGAUAAUCUCUGUCCGCAGCUUCUUCCAGAACAAUGAGUACUUCCUGAAGUUUCUUAGCCAUCUUGAUCAGUCUGAUGUGAUCGUCGGUCGGAGGUGGACUGAUGUGUUCUACUGCUGAAAAUGGUUGUUCAAGGCAUCCAGUCUCUAGUAUCCUGGAAGCGCGAUAUACUUUCUGCUCUUACUGGUGACGCAGGAUCUAAAUUAAAGCGCUUAGUCUACAAAUAUGGACCUGAUCAGAGACAAACAAGCAGAGUAAUGCUUUUAGUGCCAUGGUAAUCAAACCAGAUAGAAAAUGAAUAAUCAUGGUUCACGGUACUCAGCAAAGCAGCGUAUCUGUACAGGGACAACAAUGUACGUUGAUGAAAAAAUAUAUUUCGUUGGGUACCAUUUUUGAUCAAGCAAUAAAGGCCAUAUCUUACCUCGGACUUGACUCCCAUUUUUGUUAGUGCUGUGGAUACUCUGGCGGAUUCCAAUUCAGGAUUUUGAUUAUUUCUAAAUCUGUUCUUCCUGUUGUACAAUGUUGAGAUUAUUCCAACUAA